UUCAUCAAGUGAUAUGUUAUUAAGCUGAGAUGAUCCGGCUAUUUACUAAAUUGAUAUGACAGACGAGUGUCUUCCUCAAUUGCCAACUUGUGGCGGACGUUUCUCAUGAAAUUUGACACCUCGAACGGUUCUUAAGUUCGUGCCAAUAUUGCUUAUUUAGGAAAUUGUAUAAACAAUGGACUGAUUAUCAUGAUAUUGGAAGAAACAUUUCAAAUAAUACCAAACUUGUGCAAUACCCGUAUGAUAUUUCGACUUUUAUUGUGUGGAAUAAGUGAGCACUGCAUGAUCUAAUAUUUGUAUACAUUUAAAUCUUAUGUUAUUUUAGGAAAUGAUGUUAUUACGGUAAUUCAUUAACAGAAAACAGUUCACGACGCCGACGAUAAUGAGCAGACAAGGAUCUCACUCUUUUUCGAUUGACUCUUUGAUUUCGCCGACGAUGACCUCUAGGAUAUCGCCAAUGACGUACACCACUAAUGGCGGUUACAUGUUCGUACCACCAACCGGAAAUUCAAGUCUUUUUCGCGUCGUCGGCGAACCGCCGGGAGCUGAACUUGCAUUCCCGCCGGCGAUGAUGCAGUUCGCAAACACAUUCUCGAGAUUUCCGCUUUUUCCGUCCACCAACCCCUAUUUUACCGGAAGUAUCCACAGCGCGUUCACCAACACCGCUUACGGUUCUUUCUCCCGGAUGACCCCGUUUAACGGGGUCACUUCUCAUCUUUAUGAAAAACUUUCACAAAAGCAUGAGUUUGAAGACUCGCCAACGGAAGGUAGCGACGACGACGACGGUCGGCCCAAGGAUCUCCGAGUGAUGACGUCACGAGGGAAGGACGUUGACAUAACGUUGACGGCUGCGACCGCUUCGAUGAUGAGGACGGUGAUAGCGAGGAGUCGUGUACAGGCGAGUCCAUUUGUGACGAAAGCGUUGACCUCUCUCCAGACGAUCACAACGAAACGGACAAAGUGACCGAUUCGGACAAAAAGGGCAACGAAAAUUCACCGAACAAGUCCCAAAAAAUUGCCCUUCCUUCCGGAAAGACUCGCCGAC